AGUGAGGAGUACAAGAUGUGGAGGAAAAACACCCCCUUGUUGUACGACCUGGUGAUGACACACGCCCUGGAGUGGCCCAGCCUCACGGUGCAGUGGCUGCCUGAUGUGACCAGGCUAGAAGGAAAGGAUUAUGCUCUGCACUGGCUGAUUUUGGGAACACACACGUCUAAUGAACAGAACCACCUGGUUGUUGCCAGAGUCCAGAUUCCCAACAAUGAUCAGUUUGAUGCUUUGCAGUCUGACAGUGAGAAAGGAGAAUUUGGGGGCUUUGGAUCUGUGACUGGCAAAAUUGAGGUGGAGAUUAAAAUUAACCAUGAGGGUGAAGUGAACCAUGCCCAUUACAUGCUGCAGGAUCCCUGCAUCAUUGUGACAAAAUCACUGUCUGCUGAUGUGCUGGUGUUUCACUACACUGAACAUCCUUCAAAACCAGACCCAAGUGGAGAGUGUAAUCCUGACCUUAAAUUAAAAGGACACCAGAAGGAAGGCUAUGGCUUAUCAUGGAACUCAAAUUUGAGUGAACAUCUUCUCAGUGCAUCAGAUGAUCAUACAGUGUGUUUAUGGGAUGUAAGUGCUGGACCCAAAGAGGGCAAGAUUGCUGAUGCAAAAGCUGUUUUUACUGGGCACUCUGCAGUAGUGGAAGACAUGGCAUGGCAGCUGCACCACGAGUCUCUAUUUGGAUCUGUGGCAGAUGAUCAGAAGCUUAUGAUCUGGGACACAAGAUCUAAUACCACGUCCAAGCCGAGUCACUCAGUAGAUGCUCACAAAGCUGAGGUCAACUGUCUGUCCUUCAAUCCUUACAGCAAGUUCAUUCUGGCAACUGGCUCUGCUGACAAGAUGGUGGCUCUGUGGGAUCUUUGAAACUUAAAGCUGAAACUCCAUUCUUUUGAGUCUCAUAAGGAUGAGAUUUUUCAGGUUUACUGGUCUCCUCAUAAUGAAACCAUUCUUGCUUCAAGUGGUACUGAUCGUCGCCUUAAUGUAUGGGAUCUAAGUAAAAUUGAAGAGCAGCCUGCAGAGGAUGCAGAAGAUGGGCCUCCUGAGCUGCUGUUUAUUCAUGGAGGACACACUGCCAAAACUUCAGACUUCAGUUGGAAUCCUAAUGAGCCUUGGGUAUUCUGUUCUGUAUCAGAGGACAACAUAAUGCAGAUAUGGCAGAUGGCAGAAAACAUUUACAAUGAUGAAGAACCAGAUAUAACAGCAGCUGAACUGGAAGCUCAAGGAAUGUAACUUUUCUUAAAGGAACC